AUGGCGCCAAGGGGGUUUUGUGUUGAGACAGAUGAAGUGAAGUCAGUGACUGAGGGAGAGUCUGUCACUCUAAACAUUGAUUACACUGGAAUAAAAUAUAUUCUGAUACAGUGGUUUGCACCUCAGCACCUUUAUAUAGCUCGAAUAGAUGGAGAUGACAAUAAAGUUUCAUAUGGUGAUGAUAAGAUGUUCAGAGACAGAGUGCAACUGGAUCAGACUGGAUCUCUCACUAUCAGAAACAUCAGAAUCAAACACUCUGGUCAAUAUGAAGUAGAGAUCCUCAGUAGCAGAGGAACCUCAUACCAGAAAUUUAAUCUUACUGUCCAUGAUUCUCCACGUGUGUCUAGUGAACAGACAGAAGAACUGAAGACACUGUCCUUGAAGGAGGGAGAUCCCGUCACUCUAAACACUGAUGUUUUUAAAACACAUGGAGAUGAGCUAAUACUGUGGAGGUUUGGAUCUGAAGGCUCUCUCAUAGCAAAAUGUGAUCUAGAGGACAAUAAUAUCCUUUUAUUAUCUGAUGGUGCUGAUGAGCGAUUCAGUGGCAGACUGCAGCUGGAUCAGACUGGAUCUCUCACCAUUACAAACACCAGAAUCACAGACACUGGACUUUAUCAAUUACAGAACUACAACAACAGAGAGACCAAAUACAAGAGAUUCAGUGUUGCUGUCACUGGUGAGUAG